GUGUCGAGACCUGUCAAGAACGAAGCAUUGAAAAUUUUAUGUGUAAAGGGUUAAGCGAGCCGACGACACUAAAGAAUGUCUGGAAUCUCUGGAUUGCUGGCGCUGGCCGAAAAGAAGGGCUCGGCUAGCUGCCACAUACUGAGCCUGCAUGAGGAAAUUAUACGUCAGCUGUUUACCUACCUGCCCACGUUGUGUGACAAGGUGCGACUAGCGUGUGUGGCUCCCAAGUUUCGGCACGCCUUCGAGAGUUGGGCGCGGGCGCAUAGGCACACGCUGAAGGCGGAGGAUGUGGAGCAGAUGGUGCUGCCCGAAAUCAUAGACUUCUUCAAGGUGGCCGGGCCCUAUAUAAAGGUGCUGUUGGUCAACUGCGCGUCCUUUCAGAAGGAGUCGCUGCUGGUCGAGUUCAUUGCGGAGUACUGCAAGACUCUGGAAGAGAUAUACUAUACCAACGUGACGGAUGAGUUUCGCUAUUGCUCGCUGUUGUCGCGUCUGACGGGUCUGCGGCGUGUCAGCAUAGACUGCAUGGAUGCGGAGGACGUGCUCAGCUUGAAUCUGGAGGGCAACACGGAGUUGGAGUCCUUUGAGCUGAUCAAUGGCUGCUACACUGGCAAACACCUGUGCGGCUUCUCCAAGCUCCAGAGGCUGGUGCUCCGGGACUGUUUGCUGUGGAAUUCGGGCGAGUUUGGCAUUCCCCUAAAGGAGCUGCGCACACUCGUCUUGGACGACUGUUGCUUUGAGGUGAUGAAUCAGUCGCUCUACCAAAAGAUAGCCGAAUGCUGUCUGGAACUGGAGGAACUCUCCUUCUCUGGAUGUGAUGCCAACUUUGAGAUCAUUGCCCAGCUGCCCAAUCUGCAGCGAUGCACACUCAAAACCUGGAUGACCUCCAAUGAGCUCAACCUGGGCUUCCUCUCAACCCUAGCCGAAAAGAAGGGCAACAAGCUAACAUUUUUAAAGCUAUCUGGACAGUUUGACAUUAGCAACCAGCAUGCUCGUUGCCUGGGCCAGCUCAGCAGCCUGACGGAGUUCCAUUGGUGCGACAACGACGUGCUGGAGGACGACCACUUCAAGUUCUUCAAUGAGCUGACCGGGCUGAGCCUGUUCGGCUUGUCCUGGUGCGGGCGGGUCACCGACGUGGGCCUCAUGCGAUUGGUGCGCAAGUGCACCCAACUGGCUCGCAUCGAUGUCAAGGGCUGUGAUCAGAUCACCGAUCAGUUUGUGCUGAAUGCCGUCUAUUGCUGCGGCAAGACGGCAGACCGAACAUUGACGCUGAACGUGGAAGACACAAAGAUCUGCCCUGCACUGCUCCAGCAUCCCGAUUAUUUAAAGCCCCUCAACAGAGUUAAGCUGAACUUUACGAUUGGGUCGAGCUGAGCCAGAGGGUGUCCACAAGGAAGUACUGGCUAUAGUUGUAUUUAUGAUCGCAACCUCACACAAUGCUCAAUUACCGAUCGGUAUCGGAUAAUUGCGAGCGUGUACUUUUACGGACUGGCCGUUUGAUAAUCAAAAGCGAGAAUCCAUUUGAAACAUUUAUAAAAAUAAUUCGAUUCACUUCGUUUCAAUUCGACUGACCGAUCGGUCGCAAUAAAUUUCGCAUUCAAUUGUUGCUUGAA